AUGAGUGAAAUUAAAUCAUAUUGUAAUGAAGAAUUAGGACCAUUACCAACCAAAACUCCAGAACUUCCAAAAAACGUGAUGGAUAUGUUUUCAUUAAAAGGAAAAGUAGCAUCAGUUACUGGUAGUUCAGGGGGAAUAGGUUUCGCAGUUGCUGAGGCAUUCGCCCAAGCAGGAGCAGACGUAGCAAUAUGGUAUAACUCACAUUCUGCUGAUGAUAAAGCUGAAUAUUUAGAAAAAACAUAUGGAGUUAAAUCAAAAGCAUAUAAAUGUAAUAUCAGUGAUCCUAAUAGCGUUGAAGAAGUAAUUAAACAACAAGAACAAGAUUUCAAAACUAUUGAUGUAUUUGUGGCUAAUGCUGGAGUUGCAUGGACUGAAGGACCUGAAAUCAAUGUUAAAGGUUAUGAUUCAUGGAAUAAAAUUAUUAAUACAGAUUUAAAUGGAGUUUAUUAUUGUGCUCAUAAUGUUGGACAAAUAUUUAAAAAACAUGGUAAAGGUUCAUUAAUUAUUACAUCAUCAAUGUCAGGUACUAUAGUAAAUAUUCCUCAAUUACAAGCUGCUUAUAAUGCUGCUAAAGCUGCAUGUACUCAUUUAGCUAAAUCAUUAGCUGUUGAAUGGGCUCCAUUUGCUAGAGUUAAUGCUAUUUCACCUGGUUAUAUUGCUACCGAAAUUUCAGAAUUUGUUGAUAAAGAUAUGAAAGCAAAAUGGUGGCAAUUAAUACCGCUCGGACGAGAGGCAGACCCAAGAGAGUUGAUUGGAAUUUAUUUGUACAUGGCAAGUGAUGCCUCGACGUAUACUACUGGUAGUAACGUAUUAGUAGACGGGGGAUAUAGCUGUCCAUAA